UGGGUUUUUUUUUUUUUGUUUACUGUUAAUGCUGGUUCUUAUUAGAAAUGGUUCAUUUUUGCCCUUUUUUGGGUAAUUUUAACGGAAAAAACAGAGAUUGUUUUAAAAUGUUUUUUUAAUUAAAAUAUUUCUUUGCUAACAACUUAUAAAACGAGAAAGGGUUUUUUUUUUUUUUUAUUUAUAAUGGAAAGAACAAAGAUUGCUUUGAAAUGGGUUUUUUUUUUUAUUAUUAUUAUUAGUUACUUUCUUUGUUUUAUGAAGCGAGAAAGGGAAUUUUUUUUAUUUAAAAUGGGAUUCUUUUGGUCCAUUUUAAUAAAAUUUUAAUGUUGGCAAUUUACAGGUGCAAGGCAGCUUUUUGUUAACGUUCUCCAGAUGUUUGAAUUUAUUUUUUUUGUUAAUCUUACUUUGAUUUUCUUCAAAAUGUUGGUUUUCUCUUUUUCUUUUGCCAUUGAUAGAGAAAUGUUACUAGUUAUACUCUAGUAAUUUCACUUUUGCAACCUUAGUGUUGAUUGUUAUAUUCCUACCUAUUAAUCCAUCCCAUUUCUGCAUGUGAUUUGAGAUAUUAUCAAUCAGUAUGGAUGGAACACUUAAUGACUCACCCAGUGAUUCCACUUGUAGAUUAGGAUAAUUUUGAGACGAGAUGACCGUGUUGUUAUGUCUAUUGCCAAGGAUUUACACUGUCCUGCUAGAUGGGAGCAUGAUUAACGUAACAUGAUAAGCACAUGGAAUUUAAAUUAGGACCAAAAGUGGGUGAUAAUUUGCGUAUUUCUAAUAUUGUGAUCCCUAGCGUUCAGCCUCCUUGUUGCAGGCUGCAUCUGGUGCUGUGCAAUGCCAGAUGAUUGAUAUGACCUAUCCAGGAGUUGUCCCAAUGCACAAGGUGAAUUUUGAUGCAAAGACAGAAUAUGAUAUGAUUCAAAAUUACAAGGUUCUGCAAGAAGUAUUCAACAAGUUGAAAAUUGAAAAGCAUAUUGAAGUCAAUAGACUUAUUAAAGGCAGACCUUUGGAUAAUUUGGAGUUCUUACAAUGGCUGAAACGGUAUUGUGAUUCUGUGAAUGGUGGAAUCAUGAAUGAGAAUUAUAAUCCUGUUGAAAGAAGACUUAAAGGUGGAAAAGAGCGGAACUUGAAGGGUUCUCAUAAGAGCUCAAAAUCUCUGCAAGCAAACAAUCUCCAUAACUCUGCCUCUGGAGAUACAGCUGCCAUUAAUAAAAACACUGUUUCCAAGCAAGGGAAGACAGGUGUAGCAGCAGCUUCGGGGGAUGUCCAGGGUUUGUCCAAGGAGAUUACUGAUUUGAAGCUCUCGGUUGACCUUUUGGAAAAGGAAAGAGAUUUUUACUUUGCUAAAUUGCGGGAUAUUGAGAUACUUUGUCAGACUCCUGAAGUGGAGAAUCACCCGGUAAGAGUUCCUGUUAAGCCCAUCUUCACACUCUCUCAAAUGAGUGCAUACAUUCAUGCAUACCUGUGUAGACAUUAUGGUGCAUUUCCCAUUAUCAUCUUCGGUUUGCGGACCAUACAUCUCGAUGUCAUCCAUUAGCUGCCCAAGGGUGGAUAUGUUUCUAAUUACUUGUGCUCGAACAAAGGACAUAAAGAGGUGUGCUAUUAGCCCUCAAGGUGGCAGUGUCCUAUAUUUUUAUGUGCUAAUAUGAUGCGUGACAAUGACUAUCCUUAAUUGUUUAGUUUAUAGAUGUCCGCUAUGUUAGCUGUUAAACAUUGCACACUGUGAUGUUAGGUUUGAUCUGUAUUGAUUUUAUGUGAAAUACCUAAAGUCCUAAACAGUAAAUCUGAAAUUUUUUUUUGGGACCUUAGGCUUCAAUUUGAUUGUGUAUAAUCACAUUUUACUCAUUCAUCCAAGUAGGCUUCCUUUCUCUCUUGAUAUGAUGAUACAUGUUUGUAAGGACUUCAAUUGCACUUAGAGUGCAUGAAUUGCCUUUUCUUGUUUUUUCAUCCAAUUCUUUAAGAUGACAAUCGAAGUGAACCUGUACUCCGGGGGUCAAAGUAUUUUAAUACCAUUUUUCGGAUUGGUAUGCUUG